AUGAUUGGACUGAGACUACCUCCUUUAGUUGUUAGGCGUAGAUUACUUAAUGUGGCAAAGACAUGCCGAAUAGUACCAUCAGUAGGACCGGUAACGGUCCCAGUGGCGGUCCCAUCGAUGACAAUGUUUUCUCGUUUACUCAUUCGUCAAUUUAACAAUUCAUCAAGAGUAAGCCAAAACCACAGUCAACCACUUUCCGAAAAAGAAAAACUCGCAGAGGAAAGGAAAAGAAUUGAUAAAAUAACCAAAGAUCGUGAAGAGAAGCAGGAAUAUAAAAACAGAACCGCAACCUUUUAUGCUACUUCAUUAGGUAUUGUUUUCCUCGCAUUGGCAUUCUCUGCUGUGCCGAUAUACCGAGCAAUUUGUCAACGUACAGGGUGGGGUGGAAUACCAAUAACCGAUAGUGCAAGAUUUACUCCUGACAAACUUGUACCUGUAGACACAAAUAAACGGAUACGGGUUCAGUUUACGUGUCAAUCAUCGGGAAUACUACCAUGGAAAUUCACUCCUUUGCAAAGGGAAGUUUACGUUGUCCCGGGGGAGACUGCAUUGGCCUUUUACCGUGCAAAGAAUAUGAGUAAAGAAGAUGUAAUCGGUAUGGCUACAUACUCCAUUACUCCUGAAAACGCUGCUGCUUAUUUCAACAAAAUCCAGUGCUUCUGUUUCGAAGAACAAAGGUUGAGUGCCGGAGAAGAAGUGGACAUGCCGGUGUUUUUCUUUAUUGAUCCCGAUUUUGCUAAGGAUCCAGGAAUGAGGAAUAUUGAUGAUAUUGUAUUACAUUAUUCUUUCUUUAAAGCUGCAUAUGCAGAUGGAGAGUUGGCUCUUAGUCCCGUUGGUACGGGUGAAGUGAAGGCAACAAUCACCGCUUAA